AUGGCUAAACAACAACAAGCUUUCAAUGUGCCAACCAUCAAUGAGCACGAUCACGAAGGCAAAGACCUCUACAAUGACAACAACAACGACGUCGUUUCCAGCAGCUGCUUCCGCCUCUUCUGCUGCUUUGACAACUACCAAGACGUCGAAACGACAACGUUCUUGUACCAGCUGCAGCAAUCCGGAGAUAUGAUCAACAAGGACACGUGGUUCAUGAAACGGGCCAAGAGUUUGAAGGAGUAUUCUGAGGUGGUUGCUGGACCCAAGUGGAAAAACUUCAUCAGGAGAUUUAGUAGGGGGAUGAAGACGACGAAAUCUAAUGCGAAUACGCUGUUUCAAUAUGAUCCGCAGAGUUAUGCUCUUAACUUCAAUGGUGAAGAUGAUCAUGAAGAUGAUGAUUUGUUGCCUCGUAGCUUCUCUACGCGAUUCGCUCCGCCUUCGCGGUCGAUACAAACGUGA